AUGGCCCCGAAAGCAGCUGAAGCCCCCGCCGCGGCCCCCGUCAAGAAGCAGAAGAAGAAUGCCGAGAACAUCAACUCGCGCCUCACGAUGGUGAUGAAGUCUGGAAAGUACGUGCUCGGCCACAAGGAGACUCUCAAGAACCUGCGCAACGGCAAGGCCCAGCUCAUCCUGAUCGCCAACAACACCCCGCCACUCAGGCGCUCGGAGAUCGAGUACUACGCGAUGUUGGCGAAGACCGGCGUGCACCACUACAACGGAAACAACAUCGAGCUGGGCACCGCCUGCGGCAAGCUCUUCCGCGUCGCCACCCUCGCCAUCACUGAUCCAGGAGAUUCCGACAUCAUCCGCAGCAUGCCGACGGAGGGCCAA